AUGGGUCGGCGAAAGAUUGAGAUCAAGGCCAUCAAGGAUGACAGGAAUCGCUCAGUGACCUUUCUGAAACGCAAGGGCGGUCUUUUCAAGAAGGCGCAUGAGCUGUCCGUCCUCUGCUCCGUGGACGUUGCCGUCUUCAUCUUCGGCAACAACAAGAAGCUGUAUGAGUACUCUUCCGGGGACAUGAGAGAGCUCAUCACGAGAUACACAUAUCAUGGCGGUCCCAACGAGCACAAAGGUCCCGCUGACUUCAACGGCGGCGGAGACGACGACGAGGAUGACGAUGGCGAAGGCACCCCUCCUCACGGCCACGAGGGCUCCGUUGAACCUCAGAUGAUCCCACCGCAUUUCCAGAACCACCACGCGUCCUUCUCUCACCUGAGGGGGCACACGCCCUCGGCUUCGCCUCCCAUCAACAGCGUACCCUUUGCCCCCCGCGGACACACCCCGCAGCCGCAGAUGGGCUCUCGACCGUCAUCCCGCAACGACUUCCGGAGGGGCUCCGGCAUACCCCAGCCCGUCGGUCCUCCUGGCCCGCCUCAGGCCAACGGCUACGCAUACAUGCCCCAACCAAGCAUCUACCAGCCCCAAACCCAGAAUAUGCCGCCAAACAUGCAACAUCCCAUGCCGCAACCACCACCUCAAUACCCGUAUCCACCACCCCAGCAUCAACCCCAUCCCCAGAUGCAACCAUACAUGGAAGACCAGCGGCGCUCCUCUGUGCCUCCUCCCAGCUACCCGCCUCAGGGGCCUCCGCAGAAUCAGCAGCGACCGUCGCCACCGCAACCGCAUCCUCAGCAGCUACCCCACCAACAACAGCCCAUGCCUCAGAUGUCCCCCCCUCAGCCCCAACACCAACACCUAGAGGUGCCUCAGCCGCAUCACCGAGGAUCUCAGGAGCCUCAACAGCCGCCGGCACCCAUGGAACCCAAGCCCGAGCCAUCCCCAGAGAAACCUCGUCAGCCUCUUCUCGAUGUGAACUCUGCAAUCAAGAAGCUGCCGCAGCGCAAGCAGCACAGCAUCUUCACGCCUAUCGACGAGAAUCGCUCGAUCCUCUCUCAACAUCUUGCGUCCUUUGUCUCGGAACCUCAGAGCCUGAAAGACGAGGUUGGCGUGAAUGGCAAUCGCUCGCAGUCCGUGGACGUCGGCGCUGUCUCGCGCAACAAUGCCGGCUCUUCUCCGCCUAUGCCUCAAAGGUCAAACACCUCGAACCUGGGCAAAGCUAGAAACUCUGUCCCUACCAUCCCGGAGACCACUUUCACUCCACCUUCGAGGUCGAAUAGCCUGCGCGUCCCCGGUGGCCCUCGACCCAAACUCAAGGUGCAGAUUCCAGAUGAGCAGUCUGAGACCAGCAGUAACGCGGCCGAGUCUACGACUUCGCCGCGCAAUACGUCAGACACAACAUCCCAAUCCACACGACGUAAUGCUGCCGAAGCUCAAGCGCCCGGUGUCGUUCUGCCACCUCCAUCGCCGUCUGCGUCUGCUUUACUCUCUGCUGGAGCUACCGGGCCACCGAACCCCUUUGCCCGACCAAUCCAGUCUCAACAGCAACAGGGCGGUAACAUGAAUAUCGAUACUCCAGUGUCGGCCUUGCCCUCCCGCUUCCUCAACAACGAGUUUCUGCCAAGCCCAAGCAGCUUUUACCCCGAGUGGAACUAUUCUCGCAAUGAUAGCAACACGCUGCCAAGCCCGCUGAACUUCGCUACACCGGUGCAUGGGACCGGUCCCUCUUUUCUGAGAGAGGAGAACUCUAACAAGCGAAAGAGCCCCGAGAUCAGUACUGCGGGACCAUCUUCCGACGGACCCGAGGGCAUGGAGGCCAAAAGAGUCAAGGUAGACUCCUAA